UUCGCUCUUUCGGCUCGCAUCCAGUUCGGACGUCUGCUCCUCCGCUCGCUCGCUAGCUCGCCUGUUCGUGAAGUUCCAGCUACGGAGUCCCUUCCAGUUCCCGCUAUGUCUGACGCUGAGGUCAAGCCCGCCGUUGCUGCGACGCCCAAGGCCAAGGGCCGCAAAUCUGCUGGAGGCGCCAAGAAGGCGAAGAAGCCCGUCAACCACCCUAAGUACACCGAGAUGGUCAAGAAGUCUAUCGAGGCCCUCAAGGAGCGCGGUGGAUCUUCCCGCCAGGCCAUCCACAAGUACAUCAUGAGCCACUACGACGUCGGCAAGGACAGCAAGGUAGUCAACACUCAUCUCAAGCUUGCUCUUAAGCGUGCCGUCCAGUCAGGCGUGCUCAAGCGUUCCAAGGGCACUGGGGCGUCCGGCUCCUUCCGCCUGGCCGAGAAGGCGACCGCCCCCAAGAAAGCUGCAGGUGCAAAGCGAGGACCAAAGAAGGCUGCCGGAGGGGCUGCGAAACCCAAGAAGGUGGCAAAGCCCAAGACUGCAAAGUCCCCCGUUAAGAAGGCGGCCAAGCCGAAGGUUGCGAAGCCCAAGAAGACAGCCGCGGCCAAGCCCAAGGUUGCGAAGAAGCCAAAGUCCCCGAAGAAGGCGAAGUCUCCCAAGAAGCCUAAGGUUGCGAAGAAGGCAACGCCAAAGAAAGCUGCAGCGAAGAAGUAAGCCCCGCCGUCAUUCUUCCGAUCACCCAACCUGUGGCUACCGCAUGAAGUCAUCGAGCCCAUCCCUCACGCCCAUCAAGAGCGCAGUGCUGAAGCGCGUAAGGCGCUCAACGAACUACAUCAUCCACUUCAUUUCCAUCGAAGGCUCACCCUCAUCCAACCCAACCCGAGUGCCCACGGGAUCGUCUCAUCUGUAAAUAUCUUCAUCAAACUGCACCAUAUGGCGAGUUGUUUCACGAACUGUUAAAUUAUGUCAUCAGUCUCUGAAAAGCAUCGUCGUGCUCUUGUAAAUACGUCCAUCCACUCGCCAUGAACGUGUCGCUUUUAUAAUAAAAGCGUGUUCCUCAUCAUGAA